GGGACGUUUAGCGAGAUUUAUCGCCCGCACGAACGAGCUACCCCCAAUGGGAUGUUUCUCCUACGUCGCCAUCUUAGGCACGGUUGGAGCACCCAUCUAUGCCGGAUUUAUCAACGAGACUAUUGGAUGGAGAUGGAUUGAGGGCAUUCAAGGACUUUCAAACAUCCCAUUGCUCCUCAUUAUUAUCAUAUCUCUCAAAGAGACACGGGGAGGUGUCACGCUUCACAAGCGAGCGAAAGCCCUUCGAGCCAGCACUGGAGACACGAGAUACAAAGCCAAGAUGGACCUCGAAGCCAAGAAUAUCAAAGAGAUGUUACACAACUCCUCUGUAAAGGCUGUCCACAUGCUUGCUACAGAGCCUGUCGUCUUUGCCUUUGGUCUAUGGAUCGCCUUCGCUUGGUUCGUGACAUUUCUGUUCCUGUCAGUCAUCCCUAUCACUUUUCAAGAAAAGCGUGGAUGGUCUGAAGAUAUCGCUGGCCUCCCCUAUCUAUCUCUUUGCAUAGGCGUUACCAUUGGAUUCGGCUUGAAUUUCCUCCAAAUCCGCAACUACGAAUCCAUCCUCAGGUCUCAUGAUCGCAAAAUCCUCCCUGAAUCCAGACUCUACGGUGCAAUGUUCGGUGCGGGACUCCUCCCUGUUGGACUCUUCAUUUACAGCUUCACACAAGACGGAUACCUGCCAUGGAUAGCACCAACCAUCGCCCUUGCCCCAAUCUCUAUGGGGAUAUUCUUCAUCUUCGAAUCAACAUAUAGCUUCACAUCGGACUGCUACGGCGAGAACUCUUCCUCGGCUAUCGCAGAUCGAGGGUUGAUGCGAAACACUCUUGGUGCUGUGGCACCUCUAUUCGCAAGCCAGUCCUUUCACAAUGUCGGAAGUCAGUAUGCUGGCCUAAUCCUUGCGAUAUUGGGGACGUUAUUGACUUUCAUCCCGCUCGUGAUGUUCAGAUACGGACAUAAGCUACGGGAGAGAUCAAAACUGGCUAGCUCACAGAAGGAAGGUGAUGAGUAGAAGGAGCAGACGGGGCUUUAUACUUUGCCCUUGGUGUAAAAAAAUGUGGUAAGAGGCGGGAAGCCAAGUCUGGGCUACCUCAGGUUAUCUGGGAAUGACGUGACGAAUUAGUUUAUUUGCCUUAGAUCGGGAUACCGGGCGGAUCUGGCUCCAAAUACUUUGCUGGUCCUGUAAACAGCUCAGUAUUUGCAUGGAUCGUAAAACAGGAUUGUGGGAUUUAUUUGCCAUUUAUGUGCGAUUUGACCGAUCUUUUGGCACUGUACAAUAUGUAAGGAUCGGAUGGCAGGCAUUGCAGGCGUUACUUACGGAAUUAAGGAG